UCAUGUCCUCAGUAAGGCAUCAUUAAAAAAAGUUAUUUGGCCCUUUUUUUUCCUGCGGCGUUUGAUUGCUGGCUGGCUGGCCGGCCGAAGCGAGAGGCAGCUGUUAUUCGAAUUUGACAUUCAUCUGUUGGCUUUUUACACCACAACGAGGCUUUUAUGUUUUGCACGCCGCUUGACAGACAUCGAAUUCUUUUGCUGCUGCUGCUGCUGCUGCUGCUGCUGUUGUUGUUGUUUAAAAACUAACUUUCUAUCAGGAGCAAACAAAGGUCGCAUCAACGUUGACAAGUAAAAGUGCAGCACAUUUGGAAGGAGAAUGAGAGAGGCGGGACACAGGAUGGAACUUCUGCAAGUGUGUUCUUUCUGUUAGCUUGUGACAGCGCUAGCGGGAUUUGGCGACAGUCGAGUGUCCGGGGGGAACGAAAAGCAUCGUGGGGAAAGGGUGACGCCGGGAAGAGGCUACAGCGACAGCCAACGGGAGAGCGGCUCCACGAUGACAUCCGCAGGAAUUUGGGGAAUCCGGCGCCUGGUUUUUCAUUUCGUAUCGUGAAUUUGCUUCGUAACUAGAGACAAUCUUUUUUUUCCCAGGAGGCCUUUCGUGACCUGAAUUCUUCGCUACGAGCGACGCUCUCGGGAUGGCGCGGCAGCGGCGCUGCUCGCGCUCGUCGGCGUACACGCUGGCCCUGGGCAGCAGUUUUGUGGCUCUGGGCACCGGUCGGAUCCUGCUGCUGAAAUUCUCCGCCAACGCAGACAACAAAUACGACUUCCUCCCGGCCUCCGUCAACAUGCUGGCGGAGGCGCUCAAGCUGCUCUUCUGCCUGCUGAUGUCGCUGCGGGUUUUUAUCCGAGAGGGCCGCUCCUGCCGAGACGCGAGCCGCCCUUCCGCCCGGACCCUGGUGGCCUCCUUGAAGUGGGCCGUCCCCGCCUUCCUCUACUUUCUGGACAACCUCAUCAUUUUCUACGUGAUGACCUACCUGCAGCCCGCCAUGGCCGUCCUGUCCUCCAACUUUGUCAUCCUCACUACGGCUGUCCUCUUCCGACUGGUCCUCAAGAGGCGCCUGUCCUGGGUGCAGUGGGCGGCGUUGGUCAUCCUCUUCCUGUCCAUCGUCUCUUUGAGCACGGGGUCCGGCGGCGCGGCGCCGGCGUCGGGAGUCCGCCGGAGCCCGCUGACGGCGCCGACCAACUCCUGCCUGCUGUACGCGGAGCUGCUGCAGCAGAUGAGGAACAGCAGCGCCGACGGGCCGCCGGGCCGGCGUGACGCCCCGCCGGGAAGGCUCCGCCGGUUCGGGGCGGGCCACGUCCUGCUGCUGCUGCAGUGCUUCGUGUCGGCCGCGGCCAACGUUUACAACGAGAAGAUCCUGAAGGACGGCGAGCAGCUGACGGAGAGCAUCUUCGUCCAGAACAGCAAACUAAUGCGAAAAGCUCGAGGAGUCCGAAAUCGGGUUCCGAGAUGGACUGACUCGGUUCAACUAGUCCAAAGCAAACGCGGCGAAGGACGUGGGGCCCGAGCGCCAAUGUUUUCGGAUCCCUUCUCGGACGGGACGCCGUUUCCGAAGGUUUUGACGUCGGCGCUGUGCUUUUUUUUUUUUUUUUUUUUUUUUUUUUGUCUUUGUGCCGUGGGCGGCAGGUACGCCUUCGGGCUGCUGUUCAACGUCCUGACGCUGGCCGGCGGACCCGAGUCCCGCGGCCUGGUCGCCCACUGCGGCGUCUUCUACGGCCACAACGUCUACUCGGCGGCGCUGGUCCUCGUCACGGCCAGCCUGGGUCUGUCGGUGGCUUUCAUCUUGAAAUUCCGGGACAACAUGUUCCACGUGCUGAGCGGCCAGAUCACCGCGGUCCUGGUGGCCGCCCUCUCGCCGGUCCUCUUCGGCUUCCGCCCGUCGGUGGACUUCUUCCUGCAGGCGCCCGCCGUGCUGCUGGCCAUCUUCAUCUACAACGCCAGCCCGCCGCCCGACCUCCAGUACAGCCUGCGGCGGGUCGUCAACGGGGAGCUGCUGAAGAGGUCCCGAGGGGGGCGCUGCUGCCAUUUUUGCGCGUCACGUAACCGACGUGCCGCAACAAAGGCUCGAUCGCACGCCGCUGAGUUCUUGGAUUUAUCCUCAGCUGAUGAAGAAAUUAGCAGUAUCGCCGGACCGGGAAUACUUUCAUACAGAUUCGAACCUGCGGCUGGAUCGGCGCAGAGUCUUGACCGCUCGGAGGCCAACGCGCCGCCCAAGUGCGUAAACAAAGGGCAGCCGCGCCCGGACGCUUCUUCGGACGGGAAUGACGCGGAGCCUGACGGGCGAGCUUCCAGGUGGCGUCGGCUAGCUCGGCUCGCGGCCCGCCAAUUGCCUCACGGUUGGAACUUUUUGGGCCUUUUGUCUUGUUGGAGAACAAACCGUCCUUCGGUUCUGUUUUAUGAUUUCGUGUUGAGGGUCCGGCUGCUGUCAACGUUUUGUAAGUCGGUCAUUUAAUCUGGAGUCAAUGAUGCUACGUAUACGUUUUGUGUUCGUCGCUCCAGAUUGCAUUUCUACGGCCGUAAAGCGUCGGCCCCCGCGGUUCGAUCCCGCGUGAAGCUCUCAUGUUCUUAAUUGGAAACUCUAAAUUGCUCGUAGGUGUGAAUGUGAGAGCGAAUGUUCCUAUGUGGCCUGCGAUUGGCUGACGAGCAGUUGGAGGGUGCGGCCCCCCCCCCCCCCCCGGCCUGCGCGUAGUGAAGCGGUAAAAAAGUCUUAAGUUGACUUUGUGGCCUACGACAGAAUUGAAUAUUUAAUAAUGUUUAUGAUGUUUAUUUUUUUAACCAACUUUACAUUUUUGUGAAUUCUAUUCCGCAGUAGUAAAUGUUUUUUUUUUUUUUUUUGUAAUUGGUGCCCGAUUGAGUUGCCUUUUUGCGGCCUACGGCGCAAUUUGC